GCAACAUUGGUCAGUUGGCAGGAAACACGCAGAGGCGGCGCAGUCAACGAAAAGGCUUGCAUUGUUUUUUUUCGGAGGACUUUCCCCCCCCCCCCCAUUCAUGUGGUAACUAUAUGAAGGUGGAGCGGGAGCGUGGAGACCAUGGCAGAGGCCGGCAUGGCGAACCACCCCCAAGUGUUUGUGGUGGACAGCCGAGCCACCUUCUACUCCCCGCCCCGCGGCGUGAGAAAAACCAGAUGGACACCGGCCGGUCACAAGGUUCUGCUGCUGGUGAUGGCGCUGACCGUGUUGGGACUUGUUGUCGAGGGAUGUUUUGUCUACAAACUUUACAUGAAAACGGAGGUAUUUUCCAUUUGUGGGUCUGAUCCACUCUGUCAAAACUUGUCCAACCCUAAAACAUUUGCCAAGCAGUUUGGUGCCUUCAGAGGCCACAUGACAUCUGAUGGCUCCAAUGAGGUUGACCGAGCGCAGCCUCUACUGGGACAAAAGCCAUUUGCCCACCUGAUGUGUAGCAGCAGUCCGAUCGGGGAGAAAAAUGUCGUACAGUGGGUUGACAAAGUGGGUGACGCCGUCACCUACCAGAUGAGCUACAGCAAUGGCCGCCUGUUGGUGGAGAAAGAAGGGUAUUACUACCUCUACUCCAAAGUGCAACUAAAUGCAGCAGAGACGUGUUCUCUCACCCAGCACAAGGUGAUGAAAGACACCAUGGCAUAUGACCACUCUAUCGAACUUAUGAAAUCAAAACGGUCCCGCUGCUGGACCCCAAAACCUUCAAGUGGGAGGUCUUCAGGAGGGGAGGAUCUGUGGGACAGUUUCUUGGCAGGGAUCUUCCACCUGCAGUUGGGCGAUCACAUUUUUGUCACGGUGGAUAACAUACACAAGUUGCGCCCUGGACAGAGUGAAAACUUCAUGGGAGCUUUUAUGGUAGCUCCUUAAAAAGACUUGAUUGUAAUCUCACGAAAACAGUAUCUGACAUUCAGACUAGAGCUGUGUUUUUCAACCUUUUUUGAGCCAAGGCACAUGUCCAGUGGCACACCACCAGCAGAAAACAUAAAAAAAUGAAACUCAGCAGCCGAUAUUGACAAUAAAAAGUUGUUCUCGCAA